AUGGAUACCAUAGUUCCGCUACCCCUGGAAACAGGCACGUUGGCGUUUCUGCUAGACCAGGCUAAAGAUUUUGCCAUUGUACACGGAUUGGUUAUUUGUGAUACUGCUGAUCAGCAACAGGUCGCUUCACAUGUGUUGUUGCCCUCCCCUAUUAUAAGAAAACGGUAUAUAGAAGCUGUAGAAGUUGCGAAAGAUUUCAACGAGCUCUAUCAUAAAGUUGCUAAUGAUUACAACUUCCUAAGAGAUGCUUUAAAAAGUGUACUAGCAGUUGAUAGCUUCACCAAAGGAUUGUGGAACAUUUAUGAAACUGUAAGAAAUGAAGGCAUCGCACAGCCGAUAAAUUUAGGUAUUGUGCGGUCUGACUAUAUGGUCGAGUAUGAUCACAAGGAUUCUCAAAACAAUGUGGAAAAUGGAGUAGCAGACGUGAAUGGUGAUGUAAAUGAUUCCAAUACGAGGCUUCGCCAGGUUGAAUAUAAUACAAUUGCGACAGGCGCUGCAGGCCUUUCUACACAAGUAGCAAAAUUGCACAGGUAUCUCGCCAGUGAGAUGGAACUUGAAGUUAAACUCUUAGAAAAUAACCCUGUAAGUGGAACCGCCAGUGGUAUAGUCGAGGCCUGGCAAAUGUAUGGUAACGAAAGAGCAGUAGUAGUCUUUGUCAUAUACAGCCCUAAUCCCCAGGUGUAUGAUAGGCGAUGGCUUGAAUAUGCAGUGUAUGAAUUGAAUAGCAGAAUCAAAAUAAUAAGCUGCACUAUACAUGAUAUGAGUGAGGCAGUUCUCACUAAAGAUAAAAAAUUAUUUAUGAAAGAUAGAGAAGUUGGCGUAGUGUACUUUAGAUCUGUUGGCUCUCCAAGACACUUCACAUCAAACGAGGUCUGGGAGACAAGGUUAAACAUUGAACGUUCAAUGGCAAUCAAAUGUCCAAAUAUCAACUUUCAACUCUCUGGGACCAAGAAAGUCCAACAGGAGUUGACCAAACCAGGCGUCGUAGAGAGAUAUAUCAAAGAUCCAAAUGCCGUUCAGAGAAUAAGAGCUACAUUUGCACAACAAUUCAACUUAGAACAGAAUGAGGAGGGUGACAAUGCUUUGAGAUUGGGCAUAGAAAAACCAGAGGGAUUUGUUUUGAAACCCCAACGUGAGGGUGGAGGGAACAAUUUUUUCGGAGAUGACAUCAAAGAAUUGCUAUCUAAGAUUAAAGAUUCAGAUGAAAGAACACAGUAUGUUUUAAUGGAAAGAAUCAGGCCACUUGUGUUCAAAAACUAUGUAGUAUGGGAAGACAAAUCAGUUGCAUUAUGCGAUAUGGUCAGUGAAUUGGGGAUAUAUGGAGUCAUAAUGGGGACACCAGAUCGCAUUAUCAUGAACACAGAAUGUGGGCAUCUGGUACGAACUAAAACUCUGGGUACUAAUGAAGAGAAAGGACGCAGGUUUAUUGACAUUGAUGAAAUAAAACAACACGUGCAACUGCAUCUUGCUACCAUGUCAGAGAAUGGAUUCAGCCUUGUCUCACAAUCUUGA